AUGCACGUGGAUGGCAGGAGCUAUGUGAAUGUGAAGCGCAUUGCAGAGAGGCUGCAGUGCUUGCAAGGUUUGCAGCCCGAGUACUACGCCCUGAGCGCCAUGAUCGGGGCGUCCCAUGUGGCGCUCGCGGAUGAGGUUGGGGGAUACAUCUUCAGUCGGAAGCAGCUGCUGCAGCUGCGGCCUGGCUGGGUGGAGAGAUGUGCAGACGAGCUGUCCAACAGCUCCGACGCACAAGGCUUCGGUUGGGAGUGGCCUUCAGGCUUCUACGUGUCUUUGUGCCUUUGGCGCCAGGAGCGCCUCAGGUCGCAGCGCCUGGGCGACCCCGAGCAGGAGGUGCUAAUGCAUUCCAUCCCCAGGGAGUCUCCGCAGCGGCCCCUGAUGCGCCUGCGCCGGCUGCACCCGGCAGGGCAUUGCGUGCUGCUGGUCUCCGCCAGCUUGCCGGCGCUGCCGGAAAUCCAUCGCCGGGUGCGGCUGGUCAGCCCCCUGGACAAGGAUGCCGGCCGUGAAGCUGUACGGGCGGAGGUGGGGUGCUUUGUGCCGAGCUUGAUGGAGCCAGAAGCCCUUGCCCCACCAUGGAGCUACCGGGUGGCCAGGGCCAUUGCAAGGUGCCCACUGAAGUCCGCGCUGGCGUCGCGCGGCAACAUGGGCGUCACAAUGCUGAAGCAGGAGCUCCUGAGGCCCUCGAAGCCCGGAGGUGCCGCUGCACUCCUCCGGCGCAAGGACUUGUGCAUCCUGAUGCCAACCACCGACGCAACGCGGCAGCAGGUGGCCCGCGCUGUAGCUGCUGUGGGGACCUGGGCCAGGCCAUUCCUUCCCAACUCGGAGCGGCGCGGCUCAGGUCGGGUUUUGGCGCUGCUCUAUAGCCAGCGCCCGCUGUUCGAAAGCUGGAAGGAUGCGACCUUGUCUCUACGAGGAGAUCUUGACAUGCGACAUCCAAAGUUCAAUGCGCUGCGCUUCAUUUACAUGUGGCUCACAAUCGCGAUUCAUCAUGCGGCUGGGUGCAGGUUUUGGAUGAAGGCGGACAUGGAUGCUUAUGUCAACGUUCCGCGGCUUUUGCAGACCUUGGGCGCCUUCAAUGCGUCUGAGAAGGUGUAUGCUGGACAUGUGACAUAUUCGCAUGGUCCAGGCUAUGACAGCUGGAACACCUUUGCUCAUGGCAUUGGGUACAUCCUAAGCCGCGCCGCGUUGCAAGCCGCCGUGCCUGGCCUGCGGAGAUGUAUGGAGCAGCUGCUGGGACUCAGGUUGGAGGCCAUCGAGGACAUGCUCCUGGGGGCCUGUCUUCGCAAGGUUGGCAUUCGGCCAAAGGAGCUUGGGCAUAUGAUCUACGACUUCCGCAGGGAGCACCUUGAGAAG